UGAAUUGAAUCAGCUUAUCGAAAUGAUUGUGAUAAUCAAGACCUUAGCAUUUAAUUAAGUGCAUAAACCUUAGCUAGGUUUACAGCAAUGUUAUUUUUGAAUCGGUGACAGAGAGGUUAUUCUGUGCGGAUUAUUGUUUUGAUAAUUUAAUGGGUUGUGCUGUAUCGUGCGUAAAUCAAACGACUAUGUUGUUGUUUGGUAAGAAUUCUAAUACUAGUGACUCACGAGGUAAGCUGGAGAGGAAACUUUACAUAGCUAAAGAGUCUCCAGAACCGGACUUCGAUUUGACAGAUUGCGAACUACGACAAGUCCCUUCUGGAAUUUUUUCAAUCUGCAAAGUGUACAGAAAAGAAUAUUUAUAUUUACAAGGGAACCGCCUGCAUUCGUUGGAUGAAGGCGGCUUGUUAUCAGACUUGUAUCUUAUCAAAGUCCUCAAUGUAAGUUGCAAUAAAUUCUCAAAGUUGCCUAAUGAUAUUAAAUUUUUAGUAAAUUUGACUGAAUUACAUGUCCAUAAUAACUAUUUGGAGUUCAUACCAGAUAACAUAGAAUACUUGCAAAAUUUGAAAAUAAUAGAUAUUUCAAAAAAUAGACUAAAAAAGUUGACUCCUGCACUUGGCAAGUUAAAGAGACUGAGAAAGUUAAAUAUCACUAAAAAUGAAGAAUUGAACGAACUUUGUCCAGAACUAUGUCUAGCAUCAAAUAUUGUAACUAUCGAGUUGGAUUCAGACUAUUUUAUUUUCCCUCCACCACAUGUUAUUUGCCUUGGUACUCCAGAAAUUAUGAAAUUUCUUUGCAAAAAAUUAGAGGUAGAAUAUACUUCUCCUUUACCAAUGGAGUCGGACCUAACUACUAUACAGGUUCCAAGCGUGACCAUAGAUCCAUUUGUAAAGUAUAGCACUGCUACAUGGGAAGAGCAAGAAGCUGCUAUUAUUGAGCAAGAAAACAAAUUUCAUGAAGCUGCUAAACAGCAGAGGGAAAGAUUCCUUUCAAAAGUUUUGCAAGAACAGCAAGAAUUGGACAGUGAAAUAGCAAAAGUUCAUGAAUCUAAAGAAAUAGAAAGGCAAAGAUUAUUAAAAGCAAUUCAAAAAGAUGAGGAAGAAAUUGAAUGUUUAGUUAAAAACUUUAUACAGUCUGAGUUUUUGAAGCCAGAAAUAUUACAACAACAGCUUGCAUAUGAACAGUCUGAACAUGAAAGAUUACUUGAAAUAGCUAGACAAAAUUAUGAUAAUAUUAAAAAAUCUGAUGUUUUAAAAGCAAUGGAAAUGCUAAUAGAGGAAGAUUACACAAUUCAAAACUCCAAAAAACACUAUGAAGACAGUCAAAGUAAUGUAAAAGAAAGUUUGCUACUGCAAGAUAUGGAGGGUACAGAAAAAUUGCAGGAUUUAUUAAAAGCAAAAGAUCAGUCCCGUACUGCCUUGGUUGAACAGCUACUGGAAGAUCAGGAUGUCCAAAAGGCAGCUGUUGCUUCAUUAAUUGAGAGAGUUGAUGCAAAAAGUUGGAGUUUAAAUGAAGAAAUAGCAUUGAUUUCAUCACAUUUAGCCAGACUGAGUACAAUAGAACAAGAGAAGAAAAAAUUGCAGAUAAAUUACAAUUACAAUGAACUGAUGCAGCAAAGAGUUCAAAUGGUAACUCUGUUAGAUGAUCUCUUGGAUCAGCAGACACAAAGAAGAAAACAACUUAUUGUCACAGUAAGAGAAAUGGAAAACGAUACUGAUGCAAAAUCAACAGAUUUUUGGUUGAAGAAUUACCAAAAGUUGAUGGAUUCUGCCCCAAGAACUUUACUGGAUGUGGGCAAACACUUGGAUCCGGUUUUAGCCAACUAUUUGUUGCAAGAAGGAGUUAUACACUGUUUGCCAUUUUUGGUGAAAUUUUUGUUUUCAGACGGAUCUUUGUUGGACAUUGACGAUGAGAAAUUGAAAGAGACUGGGAUUUCUUUACUUGUUGAUAGAGAAGGUAUUUUGAGGGCAAUCAAUGAGUAUGUUCAAGCAAAGAAUCAGAAUACAAACAAAUAUGAGAAGAUGAAUGAUGUACCAGAUACACCUACCCCUAGUGCACCUCUUGAACCGAGUGUUACUGAACAGAAUUGUAGUGGAGUUGUCACUGCUGGUGACAGUGAUGACACCACAUAUGAGUCGGAGUGUGUUGUUUGUAUGGAUGCAAAAUGCGAGGUAGUAUUUGUUCCAUGUGGACACAUGUGUUGCUGCCUUCUUUGUUCACAAAAGGAAAUUGAAAACUGUCCAUUGUGUAGAGGUGACGUCGAAAGAGUUAUAAGGGUUCGACUGGCAUGACCUGGAAGACUGAUCUUGUGUCCAGCAAUUGACGAUGUUGAAGUCUACAGAAAGCACAAGGUAUUAGACUCAAACUUUAUUUUUGCUCCAAAGGGAUAAAGCACUAAAGGAAUAUACAAUGUUAUAAUUAUUUGAUCAGCUAAAGGCUGUUUAGGUACCUCAGCCUGAGAACACACAAAGUGGUUACACAAUAAAAACAAGAGCAAUAAAUUUAAUAUGUGUAUAAUGAUUGUAAUAAUGUAUAAUCAUGGCGCAAUAUUUGCUCACGUUUUUUUACCGCACUGCGCAAGUGACAACCACAAAAGGGGCGGUCUUAUGCCACGCGUGUGUUCUGUAUGUGCUCUUGCUAAGGGACCUUUUCUUGAUUAAUUUUAUUGUAUUUAAAUGCCUGUAUUUGGAAUAUAAAGAAAAUUAAGUAUAAAUUAUGCCCCAACUGACUAAUGAUCAGUUUAUACAGUGUGUCCGGGCAUGUAGUGAUCAAACUUUAAGGGCGUAAUCUAUGGACAAUUUUAUCGGUGAAAAUACUGUAAAUUUGGGGCUUGACCCAUUUCUCGCAUAUUUACAAGGAUUUAAGUUUUUAAUUUUAAGUUUUCACCUCUUCCUUCAAAAACAAGUGAUAGCGUGGGUAACUUAACAUUAAUAAGCAAAUAUUUUAUAUCAUACGAUAGCCCAUAAAAUUCUCUUUUAGUAGAAGUAGAAAACAGACACAAGUUUCAUACAUUUUAAGGGAGUAAGAAUGGAUUUAAUUAGAAAUAAACAUGAUUUUUUUCACACCUUUUUCAGUUAUUUCCCAACACAAGAAAAACCAGGUCGUUAAGGUAUGUUUUAUUUGCAUUGUAUUAUUAGUAUUUGAGCCAUUCUACAAAACGAAUGUAAAUUUAUUAGUCUACGUCUCUUAGUUUCGACGUAAUUGUUGAACAGAGAUACCCAUUCCCAGCGGUUUCCAUAGUAAUCGGAAUAGGUUGUGUGAUUCUUUCAGGCAGUGCAUUUUCGCAUGUCGCGUGCGCUAUGGAAACCGCUGGGAAGGGGUAUCUUUGUUCAACAAUUACGUCGAAACUAAUAGACGUAGACUAAUAAAUUUACAUUGGUUUUGUAGAAUAGCUCAAAUACUAAUAAUAAAAUGCAAAUAAAACAUACCUUAACGACCUGGUUUUUCUUGUGUUGGGAAAUAACUGAAAAAGAUGUGAAAAAAAUCGUGUUUAUUUCUAAUUAA